AUGGGCGGUUCUCCUCCUUGCGGUAACUCUGUUCGCUCCGUCAAGGAUUACCGUCGACAGGUCGCGACUUCGCAGAGGUGGCCGACUAGGACGCCAAAUCACCCUCCGAUAACUUUUUCGCCGGAUGACGCUGAGGGGGUUCACGUACCCCACAACGACCCUCUUCUUGUCGUCCUUGGAAUGGGGGAGUACGACUUCACCAAGGUCCUCAUUGAUACAGGAAGCUCCGUCGACCUCAUCUUCCGAGGAACUCUGCAGAAGAUGGGAGUCGAUCUCGACGACAUAAAACCAUCCUCCAAAACAUUAACCGGCUUCAACGGAUCCUCCGAAACAAUACUGGGAACAAUCCACCUUCCGGUACGCGCAUGUGGAGUCACUCGAACUGUCAAGUUUGCCGUUGUAAGCACGAAGGCCCCUUACCACGCUAUACUCGGAACCCCCUGGAUACACUCAAUGCAGGCCAUUCCAUCUACUUAUCACCAGUGUGUCAAGUUCCCCGGUACGGACGGAAAAAUCAACACACUGCGAGGAGAUCAAAAAGCCGCUAGGGAACUCCUAGUCGCCACAGUUAAACUCCAACGAUCGUCUUUAUCGGUUAACUCCAUUUCUCCUCCAACCUAUAAAGCCUGCUCCCAGGAAGGCGAAGUUCUCGAGUUACCUAUUGACGAUUCCGAUCCAAGCCGGACCGCAAGGAUUGGUGCGUAUCUGUCUGAAGAUAUGCAGCGGUCAGUUCUCAACUUUCUCAAGGUGAAUGUGUCCACAUUCGCGUGGUCCAUGUCAGACAUGAAAGGAAUUGAUCCGGCCAUAACAACUCACGAACUAAACGUCGAACCGGCAUUCAAGCCUAUCCGGCAGAAGCGACGCAAGCUCGGUCCCAACAGGUCAAAGGCUGUAAAUGAAGAGGUCGACCGGUUGCUCGGCGCUGGCUCAAUUGCUGAGGUGCGCUACCCUGAGUGGUUAGCAAAUCCAGUAGUCGUCAAAAAGAAGAACGGAAAGUGGCGCGUCUGCGUCGACUUCACAGACUUAAAUAAAGCAUGCCCAAAGGACAGCUAUCCUCUUCCCAACAUCGACCGUUUAGUCUAG